GUAUUUUCUUUCAUAGCGAGCCUAGCCUAGCGGAGCAACCUUACUUACUUGCUUGCUUGCUUAAUCGCAAACCGGCGAAGGAAGCGAGCGAGCGAGCGAGCGAGCAAGAAUCUUUGUUUCGUACUAUCGGUCGAUUAUCGCCGACAAUCACUUAGGUAGCAAAUGAAGAAGAAGAAUAAUCCUAGUGUAUUCUUGGAUGUCUCCAUUGGUGGGGAUCCCCUUGAACGUAUCGUCAUUGAGCUUUUUGCUGAUGUUGUCCCCAAGACAGCCGAGAACUUUCGUGCUCUCUGCACAGGUGAGGCAGGCCUUGGAAAGACCACUGGCAAGCCUCUACAUUUCAAAGGAUCAUCUUUCCAUCGAGUCAUUAAAGGUUUCAUGGCUCAAGGUGGUGAUUUUUCUUAUGGAAAUGGCACCGGCGGGGAGAGCAUCUAUGGUGGGAAGUUUCCAGAUGAGAAUUUUGAACUGGACCAUGAAGGAGGUGGAUUCCUUUCGAUGGCAAAUUGUGGCCCAAACACCAACGGGUCGCAGUUUUUUAUCCUUUUCAAACGCCAGACACAUCUCGAUGGGAAGCAUGUUGUAUUUGGGAAAGUCGUGAAGGGAAUGGAAGUUGUCAAGAAAAUGGAGCUUGUAGGGACGAGUGAUGGUAAACCAACCAGCAAUGUCAAAAUAAUUGACUGUGGCGAAAUGUCUCAGUUAAAAGCUCAGGAUGCUGCUGAAAAAGAUAGAGGGAAAUUGAAAAAAUCUAGCAAAGGCUCUCCUUCGGGUGACAUAUCUGAUCGUGAAGCUAGGGGAACACGCAAGAAAGACUCUCGGGAGAAGAGGAUUAAGCGAAAAAGAAGAUACUCGUCUUCGUCAGAUUCAUAUAGCUCAAGUUCUGAAUCAGAUUCUGAAUCAGAAACAGAUUCAUCCUCCUAUGAGUCUAGUUCUUCCAGUGAUGGGAAGCGUAGGAAGAGGAGGUCAACGAAGAGACACAAAGGCCGACGCGUGGAAAGAAAGAUCAAAGGACGAAAGGGGAAAAGGAAUGGUCGAGGAGAUAGACCACCUCAGCGCAGAAACAAGGAUAGUUCAAGUGACACCGAGAGUAGCAAUUCUGAUGACGAGAGAAUGGGCCACAAAAAGUCAAAGAAAGCUAAAGAUGGUGUGUCUGUAAGGAAUGCUGCAGAUUCUAGUCCUGUGAAGAAGAAUUUCUCGAGGGAGGAACCAGAUUCUCUUCUGAAUGAAAAUGAACUUGUAGGUAAUGGAAAGGCCACCAAAGUUGAUAAUCAACGUGCUGACUCAGUGAAAUCAAGGAGUGUGAGCCCAGUGAUUAGGAGAAAUCAAAACAGUAGGAGCAAAAGUCCCAGUAGGAGCCCUGUGAGAGAUGUUGGAAAUAGGAGCAGAAGUCCUGGCGCAGAGAAAGCUGAGAGGAAAUCUUCAAGAAGCCCAUCUCCAAAUGGAGAGCCCAAGCGCAUCCGAAAGGGGCGUGGCUUCACAGAACGUUAUGCAUUUGCUCGGAAGUACCGUACACCAUCUCCUGAGCGUUCCCCUCCUCGGCACUGGCCUAACAGAAGAAGCUUUCAGGACAGGAACACAGACAGGUAUCCUAGUAACAGGAGUUACUCCGAACGCUCGCCUAGACGACGCUUUAGGAGCCCACCCAGGAGAAGGAGCCCUCCAAGGUACAACCGGAGGAGAAGAAGCAUUUCGCGGAGUCCAGAUGGGGAGCGCAGACGUUUCAGAGAGAGAAGCAUGAGCCAAAGUCCAAGUCAUCAUCGUAGCCCUAGCCGUAGCCCCAGAAAGAGGCAGCCAAUUAGCGAAGACCUUAAAUCACGGCUGGGGCCACAAAGAUCUCCCAUCAUAGGAGGAGCAAAAUCGCUCAGCGCUUCUCCCUCAACCUCCCCCUCUGGACACAGAGGAUUGGUUAGCUAUGCAGAUUGAUCUCACUUAUCCAUCGAUUUGCAUGCUGCUGCUGCUGAUGAGUUUUGUUGCCUUUGUUUUAAUGCAAAGGAAAAAUCGAUACUGAUCAGCUUGUUGGUCGGAUAUAUCUUGUUACUCGUCACCUUUGCUCGUUGUUUGCUUUACAAGAGAUUCUGUCCAGUAAUUUAAAUUAAAUUCAGACUCUUGUUUUCUUACAGAA